AUGGAGCCCAGCAACAGGACAGCAGUCUCUGAGUUCAUCUUGAAGGGAUUUUCUGGCUACCCGGCUUUGGAACACCUACUCUUUCCUCUGUGCGCGGUCAUGUACCUAGUGACCCUGCUGGGGAACACAGCCAUCGUGGCGGUGAGCAUAUUGGAUGCCCGCCUACACACGCCCAUGUACUUUUUCCUGGGUAAUCUUUCCAUUUUGGACAUCUGCUACACAUCUACUUUUGUACCCCUGAUGCUGGUCCACCUCCUGUCGUCCCGGAAGGCCAUCUCCUUUACUGGCUGUGCCAUCCAGAUGUGUCUGAGCCUCUCCACGGGCUCCACCGAGUGCCUGCUGCUGGCUGUCAUGGCCUACGACCGCUACUUGGCCAUUUGCCAGCCACUCAGAUACCCUGUACUCAUGAGCCACAGGCUGUGCCUGAUACUGGCAGGAACCUCCUGGGCGCUUUGCCUCUUCAAGUCAGUGACAGAGACGGUCAUCGCCAUGAGGCUGCCCUUCUGUGGCCACCGCGUGAUCAGACACUUCACCUGUGAGAUCCUGGCUGUGCUGAAGCUGGCCUGUGGUGACACAUCAGUCAGCGAUGCCUUCCUGCUGGUGGGGGCCAUCCUCCUGCUGCCUGUACCCCUGACCCUCAUCUGCCUGUCCUACAUGCUGAUCCUGGCCACCAUCCUGAGGGUGCCCUCAGCCACUGGGCGCCGCAAAGCCUUCUCCACCUGCUCGGCACACCUAGCUGUGGUCCUGCUUUUCUAUAGCACCAUCAUCUUCAUGUACAUGAAACCCAAGAGCAAGGAGGCCCGGAUCUCAGACCAGGUCUUUACAGUCCUCUACGCUGUGGUGACGCCCAUGCUAAACCCCAUUAUCUAUAGCCUGAGGAACAAGGAGGUGAAGGAAGCUGCCAGGAAAGCUUGGGGCAGCAGAUGGGCCUGUAGGUGA